AUGGUAAAAAAAUCGACAUUCGUAUCACCAUUUUCUCGAGCAAUGAUUACAACAUUUCGUCGGCAUACUUUUCGAUUACAAACAUGUGCAUUUCGAUGCGCUGGUACACAGUCUGGUAUGUUGUCAUUAAUCAAAACAUCAAGCAACGAAGAUAAAAAUACGACUACACAAACAUUGCCAUCACUAAAUUUUGUAUCAAACCUCAACAUCACAGAGAAUAGUUUAUCUAAAAUUCUUAGCAAUUUCAAGGAGUCAAAAGCGUACUAUCGUCAAAAAGUAUUGGAAGGGAAUCAUGAAGUACUUGGCAUUUAUACUGGAAACUCAGCAGUACAAGAUACAUUCCAAAAAUUCUUUCCAGAAUUAGUUCAAAGUCGAGGCAUAACACAACUACACCAACUUGAUCGCGAAGGAAAGCUAUUCGAACGUUGGAAUGAAGGCAAUAACGAAGUGAGUAUCGAACUUGCCGAUGACAAAAAGACGCCUGAAGAGAGCGAGAGUAGAACCGAUGAAAAAAAUGGACAUCUCGAUGCACUUUUCAUUGGUGGACCAUCCACAUUGACCUCUGCACUGCUAUAUCAACUUCGAUAUCCAAAGCAUCAUAUACAGCACGUUUUUGCUGAUCGCUUCGAUAGUAAUUAUGAUGGCUCUGCUUAUUAUUACCAUCAACGAGACGCUGCACCUAUAUAUAUUAAUCGUGUGAAUCGUGGGCCCUAUUGUGUUUAUAUUGACCUACAUAAACGAUUUAUCAGUCCAAUAAAACUAGCUCAUCAUGCCGAAACAGAUCGGAAUCAUGUCAAAAUCAGUCUCAAUUGGGAAAAUAUCAAAAUGAGAUAUAUUUUCACUAUUUUUAUUCCCAACUUUUGGCACAUGGUCACUGAUUUGUGGAUUAAAAAUAAGAAGAAAUCGAAAAUAGCUCAUGUUAUUCAACAUGCUUGUCGCUCAGUACCCAUCGUACAUGCGAUUAGUGCAUCUACAGGAUUGCCCGUCGAAACUAUGCUGAUACAUGGCGAAAACAAAGCAAAUUAUGUCGGCUUUGCUGGUUCAACCACUGACCCAAAAUCUCAUUUUACCUGGUUAAACAAGUUUGCUGAUAUUCCAUUUGAGGAAAUUUCACGCGAGGGCUUCGGAUCAGAAGUUGUUCAGGUGUUAAAUUUUCCAAAUGAUGGUCUCGUAGCUCCUAUGAUUAUUGGAACUUUACAAAAACAAUUAACCGAGAGAGCUAAAUUAAAUGAACCAGAACUAGACAAAAGUAUUAGUAGUGGUGGUUUUAAACUUACAAAGUUACUAGUUCGGCCGAUUUCAUCCGGUAGCUCGACGCAUCUACGUGUGGUUCGCGCGGAAUGGAUAGAUAUCGUCACAGGUCAUACUCAUUCGACGGCUGCUGAUCGACUAUUCAUUUCACUUGGACCCAGCGGUCAAUUUAAAAUUGUUUCACCGAAAAUAACAUGGAUGCAGCAUGCUUUUGAUGUUUUACGUGGCUCUUCUCAACGCCCAUCAAAUGUGAUUGGAGGAUAUACACCAACAUUGUUGUCUUUCUGGCGGCAUACUUUGAAUUCAAUAUCAAAUACAUUCUUUCGAGGUGUAUAUUGCUGUAAAGAUUUUAUUUCGGCGAGUGGUAGCAGUAGUGUCUUAUUGCUCGGAGUCGAUUUGAGCGAAGUAAAUGCAGCGAAAUUAGAUGUUCUCUCACGUUUUGUCGACGGUGUUAACCAACACUGGACUUUGAUUGCACAACGGGAUGUAUCACUGCUACAAACGAACGAACCAAAUUCUCCAACAAAAACUUAUCGUUUUUUCGCUAUUCAGAUGACCGGUGGUGGCAAUUUCCCGUCACGAUUUAUUCGGCCGGAUUAUAUGUUGAAUCUACUGUACACAACAGAGAAAAUGUACGGACUCGAUGUGAUGAAAAAUGCUGUAUACGAUAUUGUACAAUCGCGAGGCUGUGGUCGUGCUGUUUCAGCUCAGAACACGAUACGAUUUAGUAAUUUGGCAGACAACGCUGUGAUCAAUUAUGCAUUAGGCGGUAUCGGAAUGUCGACUAUGUUUUCAAAUGGAGAAAAAAUGGUACAAAUGAUUGAGGAACAAGAUUCGAUGUUAAGGAAAACUGACAAACAGUCAAACGUGAAUGAACAUUUCCUGGAAGGAAUCGAUUAUUCAUUUAUGGUAGACGAAAAACAACACUUAGCCAGAUCCCUCGGUUUCGACGAUAGUAUGAGCCACAAAGAAAAACGUGUUUUAACGAGAUUAGCAUAUACUAUAGUGUUGACACUUGCUAUCACUUUGUGGGCCAAUCGCAAGAAAGUUCAUUCUGAAAAAAGAAUCUAA